AUGCAUUUUAUCUUUCAUUUUUUAUCAUGUCUGCUUUCUUUUUUUCUUUCUUCUCUUUCUUCCCUCUAUUUAUCAUUUUCUUUUUACCAUUCUCUUUCUAUUUACCAUCCACUUUCUUUUUACAAUUCUUUUUAUAAUUCUCUAUCUUUUUAUCAUUCUCUUUCUUUUUACCAUUCUCUUUCUAUUUACCAUCCACUUUCUUUUUACCAUUCUCUAUUUACUAUCCAGUUUCUUUUUACCAUUCUCUUUCUUUUUACCAUUCCCUUUAAUUAUCAUUUUCUUUUUACCAUUCUCUUACUAUUUACCAUCCACUUUCUUUUUACCAUUCCCUAUUUACCAUCCAAUUUCUUUUUAUCAUUCUCUUUCUUUUUACCAUUCCCUUUAUUUUUAUCAUUUUCUUUUUGCCAUUCUCUUUCUAUUUACCAUCCACUUUCUUUUUACAAUUCUCUUUCUUUUUACCAUUCCCUCUAUUUAUCAUUUUCUUUUUACCAUUCUCUUUCUAUUUACCAUCCACUUUCUUUUUACCAUCCACUUUCUUUUUACCAUUCCCUUUAUUUAUCAUUUUCUUUUUACCAUUCUAUUUCUAUUUACCAUCCUCUUAUUUUUUUUACAAUUCUUUUUAUCAUUCUCUUUCUAUUUAACAUCCAUUUUCUUUUUAAUCUUCUUUUUUCUUUUUAUCAUUCCCUUUUUUUUCCAUCAUUCUCUUUAGUUUUAUGA